AUCCUCCUUUUCGUAGAGACGAGUCCAACGUGAGUUUUGAGGUAAAAACCUUUUUCAUCAAAUCUUUGUAAUCUUACGUUAUUCUAUUCUGUGACCAGUAGAUUUAGGUGCUCCACGCUAUAAUUUCAUAACUUUAGUUAAUUUAAAGUAAAGACAUCAUGUUGCUGUAUACUUACCCAGAGAAUUUCCGCGCAUAUAAGGCUUUGAUAGCGGCACAAUUUUCAGGAGCCAAUUUGAAAGUUGCCCCAAAGUUCGAAUUUGGAGAAACAAACAAAUCGGAAGAAUUCUUAAAAAAGUUUCCCUUGGGAAAGGUUCCAGCUCUUGAGACCGACGAUGGCAAAUAUUUGACUGAGUCGAAUGCUAUCGCAUAUUACGUGUCGAAUGCUCAACUGCGAGGAUCAAAUGACUUCGAAAAGGCUGAAGUUAUGCAGUGGAUGAGUUUUGCUAACACUGAAAUUGGACCAGCAUCAUCAGCAUGGGUCUUCCCAAUUUUAGGAAUCAUUCAAUUCAACAAGAAUUCAGUUGACCGUGCAAAAGAAGAUAUCAAAGCAUUUUUGAACACUCUUCAAGUUCGUUUGGUAAACAACACGUUCCUAGUUGGUGAACGUAUUUCACUUGCAGAUAUCGUUGUGUUCUCUUCACUCUUGCAACUUUUCCAACAUGUUGCUGAUCCAGCAUUUCGUAAGCCAUACUUUGCUGUCAGCCGUUGGUUCAACACCAUUCUGAAUCAAAAAGAAACACAAGCUGUUGUGAAGAACUUUAAGUUCUGCGACAAGGAAGCUCAAUUUGAUCCUAAAAAGUUCCAAGAAUUCCAAGCUAAGCAUGGUGGUCAACAACAAGCUCAAAAGAAGGAAAAGAAACCUGCUGAGAAGCCAGCUAAGAAAGAGAAGGAAGUUGAGCCACCAGCAGAAUUAGAUGCUGCCGAACAAGCUCUCCUCAUGGAGCCUAAGUCAAAGGAUCCAUUCGAUGAAUUACCUAAGGGAACAUUCAAUUUCGAUGAUUUUAAACGUGUGUACUCUAAUGAAGACGAAGCCAAGUCUAUUCCUUAUUUCUUUGAAAAAUUCGACACUGAAAAUUACUCGAUCUGGUUUGGUGAAUACAAAUAUCCCAAGGAACUCACCAAGGUCUUCAUGAGUUGCAACUUAAUCUCAGGAAUGUUUCAACGUUUAGAUAAGAUGCGUAAGCAAGCAUUUGCAUCUUGUAUUUUAUUUGGUGAAGACAACAACAGCACCAUUUCUGGUAUUUGGGUAUGGCGUGGACAAGAUCUUGCUUUCCCACUUUCACCUGAUUGGCAAAUUGAUUAUGAAAGUUAUGAUUGGAAGAAGUUGGAUGCCAAGAGUGAGGAAACGAAGAAACUUGUGACACAAUAUUUCUCAUGGACGGGAACUGACAAAGAAGGUCGCAAGUUUAAUCAAGGAAAGAUUUUCAAAUAAAUUGCGCAAGGAAAUUGCCACACUGUCUAAUUUUCACCUUUUCCCAGUUCUAUGUGAAGCAUAAAAAAUGAAGAAAAAUCAUGAAAUCCCUUAAUGAAAUUAAUAAUCAGUUCUUUAACUUUUUUUUGUAAUGAAACUGAAAGUUGUUGGUAUAAAAAGAAAUGCGAGAUCUAACAAUUAAAAAAACAAUUUUCAACGAAAAAACUUUUUAUUU